CGAAGACGUUCAAAAUUGGUGAAAUGUACGCGCAAAUAUUGCAAAAAUUCCAUGAACUGUGUGGUCUAUGAUGUUGAAACUCCAGCAACACCAUUAUCAUCCUCCACUCCACUCACCUCCCUUCUCCCCUCACUAUCUCUCUAUCUCUAAACUACCCAUCAAAUUAUCUCUCCCCUACAAAUACAAUGCCUUUUCAUCUUCAAUUUCUUCCUCCUCUUUCAAACUUGAAUCUUUCAAGGUCUCAAACGUUGUUCCUUCUUUCUGGGGCAAUGAAGAAGAAGAAGAAAGCUUAGAUGAUACUGCUUCUGGGUUUCUCGAUGAUUUGGCCCCUGAUAGUCUCGUUUACCAGAAAACUCUAAGAUUGGUGGAGUGUUCCAUGUUUGCUGCUGUUUCUGGAUUAACUUAUUUGCUCAGCAAUUCUCUUGCUAUUGAGAAUUAUUUUGGAUGUUUUUUUGCAUUACCAAUAGUAAUCUCUUCCAUGCGCUGGGGUGUUGCUGCUGGACGGAAAACAAUGGUAGCAACAGCAGUGCUAUUGCUUGUGCUUUCAGGACCUGUGAAAGCAUUAACCUAUGUGUUAAUGCAUGGAUUACUUGGAUUCACCAUGGGCUCUUUGUGGAGCUUACAAGUGAAUUGGAGGCUUUCAAUAUUUUUGUGCACAUUGGUUCGAGCAAUAGGAGCGUUGGGGUAUGUUCUGACAUCCUCGUUCUUGAUCAGAGAAAACAUACUUGCUUUGAUUACAAUCAAUGUACAUGCUACUCUCACUUUGAUAUCCAACUCAUUAGGAUUUAAUACAGUUCCAUCAAUGAAUACUAUAUAUGGUAUAUUUGGUGUUCUGCUCUUGCUUAAUUGCAGCUUCUUCGUCUUUCUUCUGCACAUUAUUUAUGCCUUGUUCUUGACUAGGCUUGGGAUGAAGGCGUCAUUGGUGUUGCCAAGAUGGUUAAUGAAUGCACUAUAGUACCUAUUACCUGCUGUUUUUGGACUGCUAUCUUGUGACGGUAAGUUGUAGUAUACUAAAUCACUCUACUACACGAGAUCAAUGAUACCAUUUACAAUCAUAUUUAUCUGUAUAGUUUUCUUGAGAAAAGGGUGUCCUAACUUUCCUCAUGUAUUCAGGAAAAAAAAAAGUUCCCUUGGCUUGCUAUGUAUUGUGCAAAGAAUUUUAUCAUUUUAUUUUCUAUACAAUUUGUCAUCAGAUUCGAUUUUUUGUCUGA